AUGAAAAAAAACGUUCAACAACAUCAUACAGAACGGGUUCGUCAAGAGCGAAACGAAAAAGACAUUGAAGAAGGUUCUUUCAAGUUUGGGCCCAAACUAAAUGGGAACACAAAGGCUCCAAGUAAGGCUAACGAAUCUCCUGAUGAGCAGAAGAAGAGGUUGGAGAAGAUGAAAAAGGAACGAGAGGAACCUCUCUCCCAACACAGACCCUCCACAUCAUCGGGUUUCAGUCAUCAGUACCAUCAUCAUCAUCCUCGGGAUUUAUCGUAUCUUGAUGAUGAUCUGUUGAUGAACAAUCACCGAAAACCACUGUUUGAGAGGGUUGGAGAAAUACAAAUGGAACAACAGGAAAAGGAGAAACUACGACAACAGCUUAAAUAUGAAGAGGAACGAAAGAAUCUUCGAAGUGCUCCGUCAAUUAGUGAAGAAUCGAAACGAAUUGUAGCCAUGAUGAAGAAUCGAAUUCCCUUCACAAGUCGAAUAAUGAAGAGCGGUCAAGAGGAUGAACAAACCAUGUUCGAGAAGGAGAAAUCCAAAAGGCGAUUCUUUGAAGUUAAAAAGGAGGAAAUGGACGGAUGUACAUUUCAACCAAGCGUUAACCCAGUUUCCAAAAAGAUUACAGAAACAAAACUGUCAAAACAAACCUUUUUAGAGCGUCAGCAAGAGUAUGAAGCAAAAGAAAAGCUGAAACAUGAGGCCCUCACAAAGAAGGAACAAGAACAGUAUGAAUUUAAACCCUCAAUCUCCAAAGUGUCGGAAGAAAUUUGUAAAAAGAGUUUAAGCAGAGCAAAUACCGUGGAAGACAUUUAUGAUCGACUGACUAACCGAGACAAGAAAAGGGUGGAUCACAUCAAGAAUGCCAUAGCUCAAGAGUAUUACUCGAAAUUUUCAUUCACUCCCACAAUUAAUCAAGUCUCUAAUGUCAUUGCAGCUCCAACCGAUUUAGACGAGCUUGUGAACAACACAAGGACUAAGAAACGAAAAGAAGAGCUCACCAUGAAAAUCAUGGAGAAAGAAAAUUGUCCCUUCCAGCCCAAAUUAGUGAGUAACAAUGAGAAAUACCUUCAUGACAGGAAACCACUCUCUGUAAUGACAGAGUCCGAGAAGUUUUUGAAGGAAAAAGAAAUGAAACGAGCAAAAGUCAUGAUGGAACUUGAGUGUGAGCAACUGCAAGAAUGUACAUUUCAACCUGCCAUUACCAAAUCCCUCAAAUCAAAAUCGGUUGUGGAUGGCCAAACUCCUGUGGUUAUCAAGGGUCUAGGAAAGCAUUUAGAGAGAGGAGAAAGAGCAAAGAGAAUUGAGGAAGAAAAGAAGGAACGAUACGAGGAAGUGUUUCGACCAAAGGUUCAUUCCAAAAAGCAGGGUGGUGUUACAAUUAUUGAACCAUUCUCAUUUCAAAUGUAA